UGAAAAAUAUGCACUUCCCGUAUCCCCUGAUACCACCGCGCGGGCCGGCUCAUAAACAGGAAAUGCGUAGACAAUAAUUUGCCCUGCAUGUGUUGUGUGGGAUAUUCCCUGAAAGAAAAAGUACGAUGCAUCCAUGCCUCUUAAUCUUAUGCUGAGGAUUUGUUAGUUUCUGCGUGGUUUCUGGUGUGAAGUGUUUUCCUUGCAAUUCCUGGUUUGCUGUGGAAGCUGCAGGCCUAAGUGGAAGUGUCCAGGCUCUACCCACUCUUGACAGAUCUUGCGUCUUGAACGAAGUCGGUUAUUUCUGGAAGCUGACUGUAAAGUUCCAUGACCUGAAGAGGGCUUUUUUUGUAAAGAAAAGUCCUUUUUGGAACUUUAUAUUGUGAAUUCACCAAUCUAUUCAAUAUUUGGUGAAGGAAUUUAUUUUGCCGAGCCAUAUACACGUAGAUUUCAUGAAGCUGUCAUAAACAUUCGACGAUUCCAAAAUGUGAGAAACUCUAUGUUUUGCUGCUGCGGCCGUGACCUUCCGAUAACCACACACCAACGAUUCUGAAGACCUCGGUGCAGGCAGUUCGGAGACAGCACCCACACUUUGGUCACGACUUCCGGCACCCAGAAUGGACGCCAGCAUGGGAGAUCUACGCGCGCACGCUGCUGUGGUAACCAGGGUGACGUCAAAGGAUCACGAGGGAGGGCAACAGGUGGACCCCAAUGGGGAAACAGUGGACGAAGUCCUGAACGUCCACCCAUCCUUCCUGGAGUGCUCGGGAUGCAGCGAGUCCAUACGGGACCGCUACUUCCUGCGCGCCAUGGACAAGUACUGGCACGAGGACUGCCUGGCCUGCGACCUGUGCCAGUGCCGGCUCGGCGAGGUCGAUUGCUACAUGUACACCAAGAUGGGCCGCAAACUCUGCAAGAGAGACUACCUCAGGCUGUUUGCGCCAAGCGGUGUGUGCUCUGCCUGCAAGCGAUCCAUACCUGCGUACGAGAUGGUCAUGACGGUGAGUCCGGGUCGCGUCUUCCACCUCGAGUGCUUCAAGUGCUCGCAGUGCGAGAAACACUUCUGCGUGGGCGACAAGUAUUACCUGAUGGGCGCCAACAUCGUCUGCGAGGACCACUGAACCCAAACACACCCAUCAAGAGACGUCCAGAGCUCGAUGCGUGGAUUCCUAUAAUUGGAGGAAUGUGGAGCAGAAAGCAACCUGCACUUGAUUGGCUGAGAUCGGCCACUGUGUUUGACCGUAACCGUGACUGGUAGACCCAUUGUCGACUGAACGCGUUUACUUGGAAACAUAAGGCUACCAAGAAACCCCAAAUGACAAAAUUUGUAGGCCUAACAGUGGUCGAUGUUUCAUGGGUGAAAUAAAAAGAUACAUAAUUCCCGAUUGGUUGGUUGUCGCGCUUCAGACUCUAUUGUUGGAAGCCACACGGACCAAGGCGUGCAUAGCUCGGUGGAUUCCUAUGAUUCCUCCAAUAAGAGCCUACGGCGGUGAGUACAGAUGUAUCUGGUAUACACUUUGACCCAUCAACAAGACUGCUGUCGCUCUCUAGGUCAUUCGCAACGAGCCUUUACCGCCGCCCUGUUGGAUCAGACGGUCUUCCAGAAACCGCACAGCCACUGGCUGCCGCAUUAUCCAAUCAACUCUAGACUGGAACACGCAUUUGUUGGCACCAGAAACAAAGUGCGCACGACCUAUUCGUUGAAAGAUGUGUAAUGGGUCAAUGGGACGACCAAAACAUUGCACGUCCAUUGUGUUAGAUCUACUGAAUUAACACUAACCCCCAAGGGUUAUUUAAAAUCGUAUUGAAGUUGAAUGAUUUGGGACUAUUAGGGUUUAAGUUGUAGCUUUCUGUCAACGAAAACUCCUCAGAAGAACUAAAGCGGACUACCAGCUCCUCUCAAUAACCGUCGACUUGGACUAGCAAGAUUUAGAGUUGAAAUUUGUUGAUGAAUGGAGAGAGGAAAUUGUAAUCUUUGGGGCCUGAGGAAGAACAGUUUGAAUGGGCGGGGGGGCAUUGUAGACAUUUUGCAGAUCACUUGUUUAAUAAUGGGAUACUUUUCUGCAUCUUGUCAAGAGUUUAAGGGAUAGAUGAGCUGUGAAUAUGUUAGAUAUCUUCAAUAUAUUUUCUGACAAAAUGUUAACUAAAGGAAGUUAGAUAAUUCACAAAUUUCUUUACUCUGUCGUAUGCAGUUAAUGCAUUUCGGUUUUUAUUGAAAUGUGUACUCUUAAUGAAAUGAUCAGUAUGACAGAACAGUGAUAGACGAAUUUCUACCAUCA